UGGACCUCUCAGUCAGCCACAUGCGGGAGCCCAGACUCUGCGAAUUUGUUGUCGUCUGCUUGUUCAAUGGUAGUGAUUCGUGUGGAUGAAGGUAAGUAGUACCAGUAAGAAUUAGAUGCACGCAUCAGCCGGGCCGCUGUCAUCGAGAUAAGAUAAGAUCACGCUCGAUUCUGUCAUUUCGGCGUCAGGACGAAGCGCGCAGCCUGCUUCUCACGCGCUGAACCUGGAGGACCACUAGUAACCAUGACCGACUUCGAUCUAUCGCCCUUCAAAGCGAUUAUAUUCGACUGCUAUGGAACAUUGGUCGACUGGGAGUCGGGCAUAUAUACCGGCCUUCAACCUCUGCUGGCCCGGUUCCCCUCCUCAGCGACAUGGUCUCGGAAAGAAGCCCUCUUGGCAUUCACCGAGAUCGAGAAAGACUUGCAAGCGAGCGAUCCCUCGAUCCUCUACCGUGAUCUCCUCUCCCAGGCACAUCGCGUUCUGACCCGCACGCUACAAGAAACGCACGCAGGGGAGAUACCAGUGUCCAUUCCAGAGGAGGAGCAUGCUGCAUUUGGACAGUCGAUCAAGGACUGGCCCGUCUUUCCAGACACUUGCGAAGCCCUGCGCGUCUUGGAGCAGCACUACAAACUCACGAUCCUGUCCAACGUGGACCAUAACUCCUUUGCAGCCACGCAUGCCAAACUCUCUCAGGACACUGCCAAUCAGUCGGCUUACGUGCGCGGCGCCGCGCCCGGUCAAAACUGGCUGCCGAAAAGCAUCUCGGGGUGCAAGUCACCCUUCUCGCUCAUCCUCACCGCGCAAGACACCGGGGCCUAUAAACCCGAUCCUAGCAGUAUGAGCUGCGCCUUGGACGCCAUCCGCAGUGAGUUUGGCGUCGAUGGAUCUCAGGUGCUCGUCGUCGCACAAAGCUUGUUCCAUGAUGUCGAUCCUUCGAGCCGGAUGGGCAUCAGUGCCGUCUGGAUUGACCGCCAGGGCGCCGUCAUGGGGCUCGAGACUUCCGGGGAAGCGCCGAAGUGGAAGAGACGGUUCGAGACGUUGGGUGAGAUGGCUGCUUCUCUCGAGGCUACUUAGUAGCGGCCUGAGGGUUGUGGGUCUGUAAGAACCUAUGUUGACAACAACUAUUAUUCAGGUCUCAUGAUUCGUGGAGAGCACGGAUACUUUUAUGUAAUAAAAUUGAUCAGAAUUUGGACUGCGACCGU